AUGUUGAUCGAAAAAGAAGCUGCUCAAAGUUCCCAAGGAAUUCAAACUCUGUUAGAGGCUGAAAAAGAAGCAGCGAGAAUUGUUCAAGGCGCUAGGAAUUAUCGUGUUCAACGCUUGAAAGAAGCUAGAACCGAAGCUAUAAAGGAGAUCGAAGAGUUAAAGGCUCGAAAAAAUGCAGAAUUUCAAGCAUUUGAAGCAGAACACUCAGGAUCUUCUGAUCAAUCAUUUGCUUUAGUAGAAGCAGAAACUGAAUCAAAACUUGUAGCUAUUAAAGAAGCAUUUGAAAAUAAAAAAUUGGAUGUAAUGGAUAAAUUGUUUCAUACGACAGACUUUGACAACAAUUUCACAGUUUUAAUAAUAACGACUCCAACGACGAAAUCACACGGUAAAGGACAGAAUAGGUAUAAGUUUCGUGGCAAACAACUUGAAAAGGAACAGCAAGAGAUAUUGAGCGAUUUUUGUGAAGAUAUAUAUACCUGA